AGAAAAUAAAUAUUAAACAACGUUGCGCAAUUCACUUCAAAGGCCAUCGGAAACGCUUGAGAUAAUUCUGGUUAUAAAUAUACAUCAACAACCGAUUUCAAUUCAGUGGUUUAGGGAUCUGUGGUGGAGUAAUGCGAAGAGUAAUAAAUAACCAGCUACGUUUGGUCGUCAACAAGCUUCAUAUUAUCAAAAGGAACAAGAGCAGCAACAUGUCGAUAGACCUGUACUAUGAUGACGGGUCGCCGCCGUGCCACACGGUCGAGCUGGUGGCUGCAGCUUUGGAUAUAAAGUUCAACAUGAAACGAGUGGACAUCAUCGGCGGGGACCACUUGAAGCCGGAAUUUGUAACGAUAAAUCCUCAGCAUACUGUGCCAACUAUAGUGGACGGUGACUUCGUUCUGUGGGAAUCCCGCGCUAUCAGCCGGUACCUGGUGAACCAGUACGGCAAGGACAGCUCGUUAUACCCGGACGAACCGCGAGCCCGGGCGGUUGUCGACCAGCUCCUGGACUUCGAUGUUGGGGUGUUAUACUCUAGAUUUAGUGAUUAUUUUUACCCUCCAGUCUUCAACGGGGUCGAAGUAGAUGACGCUCUUUUCACCAGGCUAGAAGGGGCGCUGCAACAUCUGAACACGUUCCUAGGGGGCAGCACCUACGCUGCCGGCCCAGGGUUGACCUUAGCAGACCUGGGCUUAGUCUCUACCAUAGCCGCCAUCGAAGCAGCUGAUAUAGACUUGACGCCAUACCCUAACAUUUUACAGUGGUACGCUCUGGUAAAGUCGACAGCCAAGAAUUACAAUGAAGUAAUGCCCGCAGGCAUUCAGCUGUUCAAAGAUAUCAUAGAGAAUGCACGUGCAAGGCAAGUGAUUUCUAAAGCAAUAUCAGACAACAUGUCCCUGGAUUUAUAUUACACGGCGGGAUCGGCACCGUGCCGACUGGUGCUGCUGGUGGCCGCCGCACUGGACAUCCACCUCAACCUGAAACCCCUGGAUCUCAGGGCAGGUGACCAAUUCAAACCGGAUUUCUUGAAGCUGAACCCCCAACAUACAGUCCCCACCUUAGUGGACGGAGACUUCUCUCUCUGGGAGUCACGAGCGAUCAGCAGGUACUUGGUGAACCAAUACGGGAAGGGAAGCACUCUGUACCCUGAGGAGCCCAAGGCCAGGGCGUUGGUGGACCAACGACUGGACUUCGACCUCGGGGUUUUGUACCCUAGGUUCGCCAACUAUUUUUACCCCCAAGUAUUCGGCGGGGCGAAGGCCGACGAAGCGCAACUCAAGAAACUAGAGGAAGCCCUAGUGUUCCUGAACACUUUCCUAGCAGGUCGCGGUUACUCCGCGGCUCCCGAGUUGACGAUAGCUGACCUCAGUCUGAUCGCCACUGUGUCCACAAUCGAUGCAGCAGGAAUAGAUUUGAAGCCUUAUCCUAAUGUUUUGAAAUGGUACGAGCUAGUGAAGUCGACAGCUAAGAACUAUGACGAGGCUAACGGCAAAGGUAUCAAGUUGUUUAAGGACAUGAUCGCACAACUUCAAGCAAAGACUGAACUCUAGUAUAUUAACUAAGAAAUGAUAUACUUAAGUAUAGUAACGCUUUUUACAAAAAAUGUGAUUGUUAUUAUAAAUAAUAUAUAAACCUAAUUAAAAUAGUAAUAAUCAAAUA